AUGGCCCUCAUCGUGGACAAGCAUCGACCUCGGUCGCUGGACGACCUGACAUACCACACAGAGCUAUCUGAACGGUUACGGUCACUGGCCCAAAGUGGCGACUUCCCCCAUCUACUUGUCUACGGUCCGUCCGGCGCAGGCAAAAAGACCAGAAUCGUGGCGACACUCAAGGAGCUAUACGGACCAGGUGUGGAAAAAAUCAAGAUCGACGCCCGCGUCUUCCAGACGAGCAGCAACCGGAAGCUGGAGUUCAACAUUGUCGCAUCAGUCUACCACCUCGAGAUAACACCUUCAGACGUGGGCAAUUAUGAUCGAGUCGUCGUACAGGACCUGCUCAAGGAGGUGGCGCAAACACAGCAGGUCGACCAGUCAGCCAGACAAAAGUUCAAGGUCGUCGUGAUCAAUGAGGCGGACCACCUCUCGAGGGACGCUCAGGCUGCGCUCAGAAGAACGAUGGAGAAAUACAGUCCCAACUUGCGGCUGAUCCUGCUGGCGAACAGCACUGCCAACAUCAUCGCCCCGAUUCGAAGUCGAACAUUGCUGGUCCGCGUGGCUGCGCCGAGCAUCGAGGAGAUCACCAGUGUGCUGGCCGCAUCAGCGAAAAGAGAGAACUGGCCAGUGGUGAAGGGUCUGCACAAGCGCAUUGCGGAGGAGAGCGGCCGGAAUCUGCGGAGAGCGAUGCUCAUGUACGAAGCAGUGCACGCGCAAAAUGAGAAGGUCACGGACGACACCCCGAUACCCCCACCAGACUGGGAGGCUCUCAUAUCACAAAUUGCCAAGGAAAUCAUGGAGGAGCAUACCCCAAACCGCAUUCUACUAGUGCGGGCCAAGCUCUACGAUCUGCUCACGCACUGCAUCCCCGCGACUACCAUACUGAAAACGCUCACAUUCAAGCUGAUUCCGCAAAUCGACGACGACCUCAAGAUCGAGGUUAUCAAAUGGUCCUCAUUCUACGAGCACCGCAUCCGCACUGGCACAAAGGUCAUCUUCCACCUCGAGGCCUUUGUUGCCAAGUUCAUGCGGAUAUUCGAAAUGUACUUGAUGAGCAUGGACAUGUAG